GUUACGUCGAUGAAAUGUAGUAAAAACUUUGGCGUUCCAGAACUUAUCUCUAUCACUAUUUAAAACGAGGAAUUUUGAUCUAAAAAUAAAUUGGUAAACGCUCGCACUCCAGCCUAGAUUUCUAUCGAGGCCGGUGGCAGGUUCAGCAGUUAGAAUUCACUGCACACAAGUCACAUAUGUAUAUAUCUAAGUGGCUAUAGUAGUGUGCACAUUUGUCAUUCAUAAACAGAACUGUCGCGCAGCUGACACAGAUUAGACCGACAAGGUGAACCAUGGCGGGAGAUCGGCUGUACAGUUUUCAGACCGGCCAGAAGAAUGCCUUCCAUGUUGUGGAUUAUAUUCUUUUUGCUGGAUUACUGCUUUGUUCUGCUGGCAUUGGAUUGUUUUAUGCCAUUAAAGACAGGCGAAAAUCCAACACCAAGGAGUUUUUACUGGCCGGAGGAAACAUGAACCCCAUACCUGUGUCCCUGUCUCUCCUGGCUAGCUUCAUGUCCGCCAUCACUCUCCUUGGGACUCCUGCGGAAAUGUACAACUAUACCACUAUAUACUGGUGGAUAGGACUGGGCUAUUUUUUCGUUAUUCUUGGAGCGGCCCACGUUUACAUGCCCGUAUUUUACAGACUCCGUGUGACGAGUUCGUAUGAGUAUUUAGAAUACCGGUUCGGGAAGACUUCAAGGACGAUAGGUGCCAUCAUAUAUGUAGUUCAAAUGACCCUCUACAUGUCCAUUGUGCUGUAUGCGCCGUCCUUAGCGUUAAAUGCUGUGACUGGUUUUACACUAUGGGGUUCUAUAUGGGCAGUUGGUUUAGUCUGUAUAUUCUACACAACCAUAGGUGGGAUGAAGGCCGUGUUGUGGACGGACACCUUCCAGGUGGGCAUGAUGCUAGCCGGUCUUCUAACUGUGUUGAUCCAGGGCAGCGUCGAGGUCGGUGGAUUCAGUGUGGCGUGGGAGCGUUCCGUGGUUUCAGGACGUGUUAACUUUAUCGAUUUUGACCCUGAUCCUGCCAUUCGUCACAGUUUUUGGACCUGCGUAGUGGGCGGAUGUUUCACUUGGCUGUCCGUAUACGGAGCAAACCAAGCGCAGAUUCAACGUGCUGUUACGUGUUCAUCUUUAAGGAAAGCACAACUAGCUUACUGGUUAAACUGGCCGGGUCUGUGUAUCAUCUUAUACGUGUGUGCCAUGAUUGGUACCGUGAUCUACGCUUUCUACGAGACCUGUGACCCCAAAACCUAUGGGUUAAUAUCAGCAUCUGAUCAGUUACUCCCUCUGUUUGUAAUGGACGUCCUCGGACACAUUCCAGGCAUUCCUGGACUUUUCGUGUCUUGUCUUUUUUCUGGUGCUUUGAGUACUCUUUCCUCCGGGCUGAACUCCAUCGCUGCUGUCCUUUUACAAGAUGUACUCAGAGUUUUCUGUGUCAAACGGAUUGAUUCCGAGAUCGUCGCUACAUAUGCAUCUAAAAUCAUUGCUCUGGUGUUUGGAUUUAUCUGUCUAGGAUUGACCUACGUAGCAUCUCUCUUGGGAGGGGUUUUACAGGCUGCCUUGGCGUUGUUUGGGGUGAUCGGGGGACCACUGUUGGGAGUAUUUACACUUGGAAUGAUGUUUCCAUGGGCAAAUGAAAAGGGUGCUGUCACUGGCAUGUUGACCAGUCUUACCUUAAUGUUGUGGAUUAGUGUUGGGUACCAGGUCCACAAACCUAAAGUUGCCCAGAUGUCCCCGAUCUCUCUGGUGGGAUGUAACUGGAAUCUGACCACCAAGAUUCCCCCUGUCACCCACAACUCGUUCUACGUCAAUAAUAUCACAACUCAGAGCUCCGCAUUCAUUGCUUCAACUGUAAACUCCACCCUCUCAACAGCAGCAGAUAUGGCAAAGGAAGAUUCAUAUAAUAUCAUGGACAGAUUCUACUCCCUGUCUUACCUCUGGUACAGUGCCACAGCUAUGAUUGUUGUGAUAGGGGUGGGAAUGAUAGUCAGCGCAAUCACAGGAUUUGAAAAUCCCAGUGAAAUGGAUCCCAAGCUGUUCUGCCCAAUAUUUGAUGUAUUCUGUCCAUUUCUGCCAGAGAAAAUCAGGAAACCUCUCCGAUUUGGAGUACGUUACGAUGAGAUGGAUGUCUGUGGAGACAUGGAGAUGGAUAUCAAGGAUGGAAUAGAAGACAGAGAACAGGCCACUCCUCUACAGGAAAAGGUCGUGGCAGAAGUGAACGGGGAAACCCCUAACAAUGUCAUGUUGACAAAAUAGGAAAUAGGAAUCUCCUCAGAUUCCCUAGGCCAAUACUACCAAAUUAUAGCAACAACACUAAAAUCAAUUAUGUCCUCAUCUUCAAUGAAUUCAUUGUUCAUUCAGUUAAAACUCACUCAAUCAUUUUGUAUACAUGUACAUUAGUUUCAAAUACAAUAGCUUUAUAUGUUGUGUUAACUUAUCUGGGUUUAAAUUUUGUGUUCAUUUUCCUUUAGGUUGUUUGGUGCAUACAUCAUUGUAUGGCAUAAUUGAUGUCAUAAAAUCUAAGGACAAAACAUCAUCCCGCAAAUACUCCACAAAGAUCAAUUACUCCCAAGUGCUUGUGUUCCUCUACUGCCCCUGUUUUCUAGUGAUGUUCAUGUAUGACCUUUUAGUACUGCAAACCAAUCAACAGUGUACAAAAUUGAUCAGUCCAUCAUGUUUUUUCUUCAAAAAAUGUCUUUUGAUCUGUUGGAUGAUAGUAACAUGAACUUUGUAUUAUGUAGAUUAUGUGAUUUAUAUUUCUUUACAAUUAAAUUUUUUUAGAACAAUUCUAA